AUGUGGCAAAGCAACAGACGUUACACCAGGUUUUUGCCCCCCCGUCCUUCGUCGAGCGAGACGAUCAACCAGGCCCUUGCAAAUUUCGUGGUCCAGGCAUACGUGCCCAUGAAAAUCGUGGAACACGAGAGUUUUCGUCAUCUGAUGCAACUUCUGAAUCCGCAGUACGAGGUGCCUUCUCGAACAACCGUCAGGGCGCGCAUUGACCAGCAGUAUGAUGACGCAAAAAAGUCUCUGCUGUCCAGUCUUCAAGGAAGCACGUCUGUCGCUCUCACAACUGACUCCUGGACAUCCAAUGCCACAGAGGCAUACCUCACAGUAACCGCACACUACAUCAAAGAAGACUGGUCAAUGGAGUCGCGCAUACUUAUGACCCGCGCUAUGCCAGAGCGACACACCGGCGAAAACCUUGCUAUUCGCCUUAAGGACUGUGUGGAUGAGUUUGGUCUGAAGGGACGUGUUGUAGCAUGUGUUCACGACAAUGCCAGAAAUAUGGACUUAGCCGGCCGUCUGUGUCCGGACUGGCAGGACCUCCCUUGUUUUGAUCACACCCUUCAGUUGUGCGUGAAGCCGGUCAUGGACAUUCCGUCAGUAGCAGACGUGAUGUCGAGAGCACGAAAGAUCGUCGGCCACUUCCGGCACUCCACAACCAUGACAGCAGAGCUGCGAUCGCGACGUGUUGUCAUGCAACUUCCUGACCAUGACCUAAUUCAGGAUGUUCCGACGCGCUGGAAUUCGUCGCAGAUGAUGUUGCAACGCCUUGUGGAGCAGCGUCGUGUUGUUACCGACAUCCUACUCAACCCACGCCUAACAGGGAAGCGUGACAGGGGUCUCCUGCUGACCGACGCUGAGUGGGAGAUUGCCGGAGACGUUGCGUCUGCGUUGCAAGAUCUCACAGAGGCAACAAAUAACAUGUGUUCCGACACGCAUGUCUCGUCAUCCGAGAUAUAUCCCGUUGUUUGUGGAUUGCUCAUUAACAGCCUGGGCUGCUCGAGUGACGAUAGUGCGUUGAUAAGUCGCGUGAAGGAGACACUCCGGGACGAGUUGAAACGCCGUUUCCGGCCUUACGAGUCUGAGACGGCCGCAAGCAUACCAGUGGUAACAUCCCUACUUGAUAUCCGGUACAAGCGCCUUAACUUCCUGACACCGGAACUGAAGAAUAAGACGCGUACAGCACUCGAAGGAAUGAUGGAGGAGGUACCACUACGUGUUCAUACCAGAGAUGAUAGUCAGCAGCCUCCGACUAAAAGGCCAAGGUUCAGCUUCCUGAUCACAUCCCCGACAGAGGCUACAAACCAUGAAGAUGAGUUGGAUGCGUACAUGCGGGUGAAUUGUGAAUCCGAUGGCGACCCGUUGGUGUGGUGGUGUGAACACAGACAACGUUUCCCAACAAUAGCGCAUGUCGCCCAGAAGCUGUUGUCCGUGCCAUCGACAUCCGUGCCAUCGGAGCGAGUGUUCUCCAAAACAGGGCGUCUUGUUACAAAGGCUCGCAACCGCAUCAGCCACAAGCUUGUUGACAAGGUCAUUUUCUUGACCAAAUGA